GUGUGACAUUUUCUCUCCUGCAGCUCUUCCCUUCCCUCUGACCAGCACGAUGCUUCUCCUGGUGACAAGCCUUCUGCUCUGUGAGUUGCCACACCCAGCAUUCCUCCUGAUCCCAGAGAAAUUGGAUCCGCGAACAGUGGUACCAGCUUCUAGUCUCAAUGUGAGGUUUGACUCCAGGACGAUGAAUUUAAGUUGGGACUGCCAAGAAAACACAACCUUCAGCAGGUGUUUCUUAAUUGACAAGAAGAACAGAGUCGUGGAACCCAGGCUCAGUAACAACGAAUGUUCAUGCUCAUUUCGUGAAAUUUGUCCACAUGAAGGAGUCACAUUUGAGGUUCACGUGAAUACCAGUCAAAGAGAAUUUCAGCAAAAACUGCUUUAUCCAAACUCAGGUAGGGAGGGUACCGCUGCUCACAAUUUCUCCUGUUUCAUCUACAAUGUGGAUUUCAUGAACUGUACCUGGGCGAGGGGUUCGACGGCCCUCCAUGACGUCCAGUAUUUUUUGUACAUACAAAACUCAAAUAGAAAAAGGGAGAUCCAGUGUCCUUAUUACAUACAAGAUUCGGGAACCCAUGUGGGAUGUCACCUGGAUAACCUGUCAGGAUUAACGUCUCGCAAUUACUUCCUGGUUAAUGGAACCAGCCGAGAAAUUGGCAUCCAAUUCUUCGAUUCACUUUUGGACACAAAGAAAAUAGAACGAUUCAACCCUCCCGGCAAUGUCACUGUACGUUGCAACACGACGCACUGCCUUGUACGGUGGAAACAGCCCAGGACCUAUCAGAAGCUGUCGUACCUGGACUUUCAGUACCAGCUGGAUGUCCACAGAAAGAAUACACAGCCUGGCACUGAAAACCUACUGAUUAAUGUUUCUGGUGAUUUGGAAAAUAGAUACAACUUUCCAAGCUCUGAGCCCAGAGCGAAACAUAGUGUGAAGAUCAGAGCUGCAGACGUCCGCAUCCUGAAUUGGAGUUCCUGGAGUGAAGCCACUGAAUUUGGUAAGCGUUGGGCGGAGUUUCACUCUGUCACCCAGGCUGGAGUGCAGCAGCACGAUCUCGGCUCACUGCAACCUCCGCCUCCCGGGUUCAAGCGAUUCUCUUGCCUCAGCCUCCUGAGCUCUGACGGCAGAAACCUCAGCUCUGUGUACAUUUACAUGCUCCUGAUCAUGGGAACCCUUGUCUGUGGCCUCAUCCUUGGCUUCCUCUUUAAAAGGUUCCUUAGGAUACAGCAACUGUUCCCACCAGUUCCACAGAUCAAAGACAAACUGAAUGAUAACCAUGAGGUGGAAGAUGAGAUCACCUGGGAGGAAUUCACCCCAGAGGAAGGGAAAGACUACCGCAAAGAGGUCUUGACGGUGAAGGAAAUUACCUGA